UUGUAAAGGAAACAAAAUAUUGAACAAGGCACUUGUUUUUUUUCUUCAAAAUUGUAUAACUUAUUUAUUAUUAAAAUUGAAAUCCAUGCUUCGAAUGUUGGUCGAAAAUCAAUUUACAAAAUAAAUCUAACGAACUUACAUCGUGAAAUCAUUAAUCAAACAAUCAAAUUUAUUAGUGCAAAAUAAAAUAAUAAAUCAAGCAUGUCAAGAAAAUCAAAAUCGAGUGGAAAUCAACUAGGAGGAUCACGAAAUAAUGAUCGAGCACCAUCGAGAAGAGGUAGAAAUGAUGAUUACGAUAGUUUUGAUAGUUUUGAUGAUUUUGAUGAUUUUGGUCCAGGUGGUUUUGGAUCAUGUGGUAUGGGAAAAAUGGAUUUUGGUAUGGGAGGUAUGGGAGGCAUGGAUUUCGGUAUGGGAAAUAUGCUCGCUUCAGGAUGCGGAUCAGGUAGAUGUGGUUCAGGUGGAUGUGAAUGGACACUUAAAACAAGUUCAGAUGGUAGUAGCUCAUGCUCAUGUUCGGACUGUCGUGAAACAGCUGAAGCUGAGGUUGUAAGAAAUGCUCAGCGUCCAAGAAAACGUAAAGAAAAUAUAUUAAGUGAUUGUGGUGAUAAUGGUGUUAGUGGGAGAAUUCGUCAAGGGCGACCCUCAAAACCAAAACCAGUGAAACCAGAUGACUCUGAUAGUUCUUCCCGUAGCUAUGGAAGAGAACAUCAAAGCCGAGCCAAAGCUAGAGCUCGUCAAGAAAAGCAAUAUAAAAAAGAUGCUGAAAGAGCUGCAGCAAAGGCAGCGGAAAAAGCUGCAGCAAAGACGGCCGAAAAAGCUCAAAAAUCUCAAAGAUUAAGUAAAUCACCAAAACCAGAAGAAGCAAAUCAAUCCAAAAAACAGCCAACAACAACAUCUCAAGAGCGUCCCUCAAGACCAAAACCAGUGGAACCAAAUGAUUCUGAUAGUUCUUCCAGUAGCUAUGGAAGAGAACGUCAAGGUCGAGCCAAAGCCAGAGCUCGACUAGAAAAGCAAUAUAAAAAAGAUGCUGAAAGAGCUGCAAUUAAGGCGGCCGAAAAAGCUCAAAAAUCUAAAAGAUUAGGAUAAUCACCAAAAUCAGAAAAAGUAAAUCAUCCCAAAAGACAAUCAACACCAAAAACUUCAACUCCAGCUGCAGACUUUCCCAAAUCACAUAAAUAUACUUAAAACGAGAGGAAAUUUACUGGUAGUUAUGGAUGCAAAAAUUUUUUUGGUACAAGUUGUUUCUUUUCCAGAAAAAAUUUACUUUUUCUGUGUGAUAAUUUUAUUUUUUACAACUAUGCUUUUUAUAAUUUCUGAAAAAUAAUAAACAAAGUAUGUAUGUACCUCCUUAUGGUAUGGUGCAUCGAAAAACUUCUAAAAACUUUUCUAAUUAGAAAUGUAUAAUUUAGGGUGAAUCGACCUUUUUGCGUGCUGGCUACGCAUAGCGGUAGUCCUUAUUACACCACGCUCAUUUAACUUUUUUGUUUCUUUAUAAAUUUAAUCAGUAAUUUUUAUUUUGCGUCACCUAAAAUUAGUUACCGAUGACCAAUUUCCGAAACGCAAUUGACUCUUGAACCAAUUUGAUGAUUUUUUUUAUAUU